UUGAGGUUAUGUUAAUAGUGUCAAUAAUUUUAUAAUCAAGAAAAAAGUGAUGUCUCUAAUAUCAAAAGGAUUUCUUAGUGCCGUACACAAUUUUAAUGUAUAUCUACCUCAAAUUAAUUGUGUCCGAUUUCGUUACCACGCAGAAAGAGUCAAAAAAGGAAUAAUUUCCCGAUAUGGUUACGAUGAUAAAAUGCUACAAAAAGGAUUGUUACCACGAGAAAAAGACGGGAAAAGAUUACCCAUGCCCAUUUAUAAACCGAAAGACUCUUGGUCGGAAAAAAGAGCGCUGUUUGGUCAAAACGAUUACAUCGAUAUAUUAGGAAACGAAAAAUUACACCCGUCGAAGAUUCUGUAUAACAUGCCGAGAUGGUUGAGAGGUUUAAAAGGUAACGAGUUCCAAGUAAUGGUUAGAAAAAGGAAGGUAUUGAGUCAAACGGCGUACCCUAUAGCGAGACCUACGAAAUACUAUCAGCUGGAAAAGAGGGUGAAGUAUUUGUAUCGAUUUUUGAAUAGGAAGACUAGAACUGGUUAUUAUUAAUAUUAUUGUUUAUUAAAUUACUAGA